GAAGCGGCGUGGUCUCCUCCUGCCCUACAUUGUUCAGGAAGUUAUCAACAUCAUCAUUUUCAUUGCCUUGACCAUUGGAGCUUUGGUCAUCCUUGGCACUCACAGAGUUGUUGUCUCUUCAGUCAUUGGGGUCAUAGUCGGCCUUUUUGUGCAUCUUUACUUCAUGCUUGUGGUGAUCUCUCAAUACCAAGCUCUUGGUCUCAUUCGCAUGCAUGAAGAGAUCAGUAUGAAGUAAUCUUUGGGGUGCUAAAUAAUAAAGAAAACAAUCAUUAUGUAUGUUAGAAGUGAAAUCCUUCACUUGUUUGAAGGGAUUAAGCACUCUAUACACUCUAAAAGAUAAUGAUCUUUUUGAAUGUUAUUUCUAUAGCUUUCAAGAGACCUAUAAAAGCAAUUUUCAAAUUAUAGAAUAUUCAGUAUUUUUCUCCAGUGAACCUCAUAAUAAUUAGGUUUGAUUCAUGUUACAGAAAAUAGAAGAAACUACAUUUAUAUUUUAAUACUUAGAACUUACAGUUACCAUUUAGUACUGUAACACAUUUAUUUUUUGUGUUUAUAAGAGGAAUCAGCUAAAGUUUAAUGCAAUAUAAGUAUGGAGAAUGAUCUGAAAAAGUUUUGAUUGUCACUAGUUCUUUACUCUUUAUAUUAAGUAUUUUUGUGGAUAACAUGUAAUUUCAGUUUCUUAAGGCAAUGGACUCCAUUUUGCAAUUUAUUUGACACUAUUUUUGUGUCUACUUAGCUCCUUGGUUUGUAUUUUAUGUUACAUAUGAAGUUGCAUUUAUUGUUCAUCAUACAAUGUAAUUUUGUUUAUAGUUGUAAAGAUGUAUGUUUCAUAUGUUGUUGAUAAAGGUGUCUAUUCUGUCAAAUACCCAAAUAUUUGGUCUGAAUAUAUGGGGUAUGUUGACUGUGCUAAGAUGAAAAUGCUGCAGAUAGGAUUAUAGUUAAUUAUUAGUUUUGCUCUGUUAUUGAGAUAUAUUUUGUCAGUAUGAGGAUAAUACAAAUACAUGUUAUGUAGAGCUUGUAAUACUUUUGUAAUGAAUUUGUGAAGUUUUAAACCCUAUGCUAUGCAUAUUUCAUGCGAUUCUGAGCACUGUUUUUUUCUGUCAACACUUCACGGAUUCAUGUACAAAUAAUGUAAGAUUAUGUUGUAAU